AUGGGAGAUGAGUUGUGUUGUUCCUUGUGUGUGGAUAUUUUCCGGGAACCAGUGUAUCUACCGUGCCACCAUAGUUUCUGUCGGAAAUGUCUGAGAUUUUUAGUUGAGAAGUCCAAGCCUAUCGAGGGUGAAGAUAAGCCCAACUCCCCUGGCAGUAAUUCCAUUCCCCAUCAUGUUACCUGUCCGUUGUGUCGCGCUCCCACCGUCUUAACGCAGGAGGAUAUUACCGCUCUACCUGUGAACAGGGAACUGGGCGAAAAAGUGGCGAAAAUACAACCAGAUGUCAAAGCCAAGGAGGACACGCCUUUGUGCUCAAUGUGCAAAGACGCAACCAUCUCUGUCGCCACCAUAUUUUGUUCCAACUGUGACGGCUUUUUCUGCCAUGACUGCCUAACAUUACUACAUCCAAUGAGAGGGCCGUUCAAGCGCCACACAAUUGUACCUGUAAAUGAGCUCUGGGCCCAGAAGGUGACAGAUGGGCACGGGAUAACCGACAAAACAGUUGGAUCAAACCCAAGCCAGCAUGUGACAAGCACAGUCAGCCACUCUCUAUUUACUGUGUAA